GCCAAAUCAAAACAUCACGAGAGAGAACAACAACCCCGGCAAGAAACUCUGACUCGGACUGGGGGUAAUUUAUUGUCGUUUAUUGCCAAGAAAGAGGUGCUUUGACGGGUUUUCUGUGAAGAGCGCCCACACUGCCUGCCUCACGAUGCGGUACCGCGCCAACUUCCUGCCGCGCUCCGUCAUGGACGGUUUCGCCACCGUGUUCAUGCUGACUGCCAUCGGCGUCACAUUCGUCAGCGAGGUGUCGCUGGUCCUUCCGGGUCUGGUGGACGGCCCGCUCUACUGGGUACAGGCCGUCAUCGGCAUCUUCAUCCUGUUCAACAUCCUCGGCAACAUCUUCGCCGUGAUGCGUCUGGACACGUCCACGCACGGCCUGCUGCUGCCGGCGAGUCUGAAGCCCGGCUGGCGGUUCUGCUCGGCGUGCGAGGCCACGGCGCCGCCGCGCUCCUGGCACUGCCCCAUCUGUCGGGCGUGCAUCCUGCGCCGUGACCAUCACUGCACGUUCACGGGCUAUUGCGUGGGCCACUUCAACCAGCGCCACUUCCUGCUGUUCCUGGCGUACCUGGCGCUUGGCGCGCUCUACUCGACAGUACUGAACGUCAUCUUUAUCAUGCGCGUGGUGGGCGGGUUCCACCUGCUGUCGCUGCUGCAGCUGGUCAUGCCGACGGCCAUGCUGGUGUUCGGCCUGGACGUGUCGCCCAAACAGCUGUACGCGUUUCUGUUCACCCUGGACCUGAUCGGGUUCCUGUUUGUGCUGGCUCUACUGCUCUACCACGGACAGGGAGCUCUACGAGGCGCCACCAACUACGAGAAGGUCCACCGGCAGUUCCAGUAUGACCUGGGCUGGAAGGAAAACCUGCGGCAGAUUUUUGGCACCCGCUGGUACCUGGCCGUGUUGUCGCCGGCAGUACACUCACCCCUACCUUCAGACGGCAUCAGCUUCACAACAGCCGAACAGUGGAGGUUGGAGGGAGACAAACAUCGCUGAGAGACGCUGUCGUGGUAUCCCCUUCUCCGUCACAGCCUGCUGAAGUGCUAGGUGGGCGACGCGGGCCCUGAGGUGCCCUGAGGUGACGCGCGCCCUGUGGUGUAGGAAGGGGUUGAGAAGUUUCAGAAGAGAGAUGACAAGGAGGGAAAUGUUAAACGAGGGACGAUGGUAGGUUGAAGGGGUGACCUUCAUAUGGUGACGAGCUAUGCAGCCGAAUAGCGAAGCAGUGUUGUGGAUCUGUGAUGGCUUUAGGGUGGUGCUCUUUGCGGCUUGCUGAGAGCCGGGUCGUGCCGUCGUCGAAUUAUGAGCUUCUCAAGACAAGAUGAUGUGUGGUAUGGUCUCGAUAUCGGUCUCAACAGGAUCAAUAUGCGGUCUUAGUGUCGGUUGGCCAGUAAGGCAAAGUGUUUUGAUUCCAUCCACGGGACAGUGGGCUCUCGAUCAGCUCCCCCGAGGGGCCGGUUACGCUCAGUCGCCGUCCCAACAGGCAGGCGGCCCGAUGUGAAAUGGCGUUGGCAGGGUUCCGCCCAACCUGACGCCCUGUGAUAGGAGUGUGAGGGCCUGGGGCCAGGGUGGACUGUGUGUGGACACAGGCGGUGACUUACGACACGCUACCGUCGGUAAGAAGUGAGAGCAUCGGGUAAGAGCGAGUCCCGAGUGAGCGUUGAAGUUAGAUAUGCUCUGUUUAGCGAUGCUGGCAGACUGGUGGCAGCGCCGUAGUUAUCGUUCCGGCCGCUAGGUGGCGGGGUUGAUGUGCUUUCGAUCCUGGUCACAGCCUACGACAAGAGAUGGAUGAUGUCGGUAGAGGAAGCGAUGUGUUCCCACGUUUGAGAGACGUCGCUGUUAAAUGUGCUUGCCUUAAUAUCACUGAUUGAAUGGUGUUCAAUUCAUGUAUGUAAUUGUCGUAGAUCGCCGUACGCUAGGUUUUUGCUAGAACUGCUCCAUGUGAUUGGUUAUGAUUUGUACAUUGAUUGCACAAUGAUUAUACGUGGCUGUUGUGUGUAGCUGGACAAACAUGUUUAUUGUUCAUGCACCAGUACAUAUUGUAAUUCUUUCAACUAAAGGACUGCGUGAAAAGUGACUAUGAGAUCCUGGAGUAUGCUGCUUUCUUGUAGAUAAAAAAGCUUUUCUGUGCGUGCUACCUGGGUAAGCUCCAUUCUCGAUAAAAGUGACUUCUACUGCGUCCAAGUGGAUUUGACAAUUCACCCAUUCGUACCUAUGCAUCAUUGGUGUUAUGUCUACAUGAACGUUUUGAUGUGCUUAUAUGCAUAAAUGUGUCUGAAAUAUGCAACGUUAAAUGUGUAAGUAAACGUGUAAGCUCCAAAGAUUUUGGUAA